AUGGCCCCGCGUAGCGCCCUCCUCAUCCUAGGGAUCCAGAAUGAAUUUCUCGAUCCUGAUAUCGGCCGUUGCAUCAUGGCCGCUCCCCCUCCCGGGAGCCCGUCCUUUGUCGAUAACAUCAAGGCCUUCGUCCCGCACUUUCGUGCAAACGGUGGCGACGUCAUCUGGGUGCGGAGCGAGUACCAAAAACCACGUGAUUUUAUCGACCCUCGCAGCAACGAGACCGUGCUCAUAAUACAUGACGACGACGACUCGUCCGACUCUGAGACGGAGCACAACAACCACAGACCUAGGGGCAAUGAGGCUGGUGGGUCAGGAGUGGGAGCGGGAACAGCGGGAGGUAGGAGACCUCGCGCUGGUUCAAGCCCUAGGCCGAAGCUUGCGAAUGGCGCAAGACCUCCGCUGCGCUCCGACGCGUUCCUGGCGAUUGAAAGCCAGCAUCCGCCAUGUAAGCCGGGGACUCCCGCGUGCGAGUUUCACCCGUCAAUUGUUUCGUCGAUCAAAUCGCCGCCUGAUAAGAUCAUGGCGAAGACGUGGUUCUCGGCCUUCAAGGAUACAGGUCUUCUUGAGACGCUGAGAGGGAGGUUCGUCUCGGAGCUGUACAUAUGUGGAGUUCUCACCAAUAUAUGUGUCCUUGCAACGGCAGCCGAAGCAGCUAAGCAUGGGUUGAAUACUUAUGUGUUGAAGGAUUGUCUAGGAUACAGGAAUCUAACAGCUCACCAGGAGUCAUUGAAGGUCAUGGUUCACGAUUACGUGGUGGAGGAGGUUGAGAGUGAAUCAUUGGUGAAGGGCUGGGAGAAAUGGAGGUUGAAGGCUGGGGGUAAUGGUAGUAAUAACGAUAACGGAUCAGCCGGUAUUCAAUUGGGGGCCACGAGCCUUUCGAAGGAACAGUUGGUUGCGAUGGUGUCUGGGCUGAAGGUGGUGGGAGGUGAGAGCAGUGGUGAGAGCAGUAGGAGAUUACCUGCAGAACCUGUCAAGGAAGUACUGGCGGAAACUGCGGCUACCCCGCUAGACGACGACAAAUCUGUCCUCCCAGCUGAUCUAGCGCCGAUCAAUGAAGAAGAUUACCAGAUAUUGAAGUCAGCAAGGAGCGCCCACAAGUCAAAGGCAGUAAUGGGGGUACUGGGGUAA